CUUAAAAAUAAUUUGUCAAUCAAAAACCUUCUGCUAUUUUUAUUCUAUUACAGAAAGCAACAAAAUUCCUGAAUUGACAUUAAUUUAUUUUCAACACCCAUGGGUGCCUAGUGGCUUUAGGUUGAGGUGACAUUCAAUUUGGGUGUUUCAGUAUAUCUUUCAAUAUCCUUAUGCUUUAUUUUUUCUUUGUUCAUUCUUUAUGAUUAUUUUCCUUUAUAUUUUAUUCAUGAUGGCUGUCAUGGAUUCAAUUUAAAAUUUUGAGAACUGGGUAUUUAUUCCCUUGACUUCCCCUGAAAAACCCAAUUCACAUUUUGGGGUUUUAUUGUUUGAUUGAUCCUUUGAUCCUAUUUUGGGGGUUCUCAAGUCAAAGUCUUCAACUUGUGGUGAGUUCUGAAUCUUCUGAUUGAUGUGUGAGUGUUUUACACAGUGUGGGAGUAAUUAGAGGGCAUGGAUUGGGACUGGAAAGAGUUUGCUUGGGAUCCAUCUGGGUUGGAGCUAGCUAUUGGUGGCUUGGAAGGGCAAAAGAAUGAAGAAGCUACAGUGGAUUUGAGGCUUGGUGAGGGUUCUGAUUCAGUGGAAAAAUCAGCCCCAGAUACACCAAAGGAUCCAGAAGAAUCAAAAGCUAUGUCAUCAUCACCUUCUGGAUCAUCAAAACGAUCCCGUCUGCAUAAUGGAUCGCUGAAUAUGGCUUGCUCGGUUGAUGGAUGCACUUCUGACCUCAGUGAUUGCAGAGAGUAUCAUCGGCGCCACAGGGUCUGCGAAAAGCAUUCCAAAACCCCUGUUGUGUUGGUAGGGGGGAAGCAGCAGCGGUUCUGCCAGCAAUGCAGCAGGUUUCACUCACUCGGGGAGUUUGAUGAUGUUAAAAGGAGUUGCAGGAAACGUCUUGAUGGACAUAACAGACGUAGGAGGAAGCCACCGCCCCCAUCUCUUUUCAUGGCUGCUGAGAAAUUCAUGUACAAUUACAAAGGACCAAGAAUCCUGCACUUUGGUAGCCCUCAGGCAUAUGCAAACACCAUAAUGAGAAACAUGUGGCCUACCCCUACCAAAACGGAAGCUGAAUCUGGUUAUGAUCAUCACCGGCUUCUGUAUCGAAUCGACAAGCACAGACAGGAUAAGGGACAUCCUGAUCUUUGGCAAGAAAAUGUCCCAAAAGCUGGAAUUGGUAGUGAAGCAAUGCAUGGAACUACCAUCUCUCAGCCUAACCUUGGUGCUCCCAAUAUUGCCCCAUCUGCAAGUGGAAAGGGCAAUAGGAAGCUCUCUUCAGACGGCAAACCUGGAUCUUUCGACUCAGGUUGUGCUCUCUAUCUUCUGUCAACACUUCAAUCACAAAGUCCAGAGUUGAGUUUGGUGCAGUCCAGCAUCACCUGUCCAGCGCAGUCUCCUUCAGGAUCUUUGGAUUUCGGCGCCGUGAACGAGUACUCGGGCUUGGGUAAGGCGAAAGAUAAGCCUCCUGGUCCAGUAUUUGUUCUGGAUGCAAACACAACCAACCUUCAUUGCAAUGGAAUGCUGCAAACGGGGCCUGAUGGAUUGGUGGAAAAUGAGGACUCACUCACCCUUCCUUUUGUCUGGGAGUAGGUUGUGAGUGGAGUUGUGUCUUUGGUAAAUUUAUGGAGUUGUUGGUCUUCAAAAUAGAAUCUUGUACUCCAAUAAUUAAGCUUAGACUUGUUGAAGCUUUCAGGGGUCGUUGUUCCCUUCAACUCUAAUUUAUAGCUAUGUUUGGGUCAACUUAUCUUUCUCGGGAUCAAAUCUAGCACUCAAAAGCUACUCAUGGAAGCUUCUCUCAGACUUGAUUUUAGCUCUAAAAUCAUCUGUAGAAGGAUUUCAAAAUAUGCUAAUAGAAGCAUAAUUGAUUUUGUGAUGCGUUUGGAUCAGCGUUGUCAAAAUCAAUUUUGAAUUGAAUUUUUUGGUGAAUGGGAGACUUUUUUGAAUUGAA